AACUGACAUUUCCUGGUUGCACGCGUGUAUAACUUCAACCUAUUAGGAAGUCGGACAUUUCAGAGUUUCUUAGUUCCAACUAGCACUUGAACGCGGCAAUAAUCAGAGAGGUGCGGCGGAAGAGGGCGAAAACGCGACGUGGGGACCGCAUCAAGGCAAAUUCGUGAUGUGACGCCGUCGCGGAAACGUAAUCUAGCGUCUUCUAGCGACAAAUCAAGGAGCCAAUAGCUGUAAUCACUGAAAACCAUUCGGCAACACUGCACGGUGUCAACGUGCUUUUCAUGGUAGGAUCGCGUAGUAAACAGAGGCAGAGGUCCGAGUGGAGCUCAUUACUACUGAAGAAAUCUAUGCACAUUUCACAAGGAAUCGCUGUUCGUUGAAUGAAGCUUUACGGACGAGAAAAUAAUAUGCAUACGUUUUUAGAUGAUUAUGCUGCUGGUUUACAAAUCUAGGACAACGUGAUCUCGAGGAACAAUAAAUCAGCUAUUUUUUAUCCAUGGUGUUUGCAAGUUGUAAAGAGAUGGAUGGUAUCGGGAACACCAUGCAGAAGAAGGCUGCGGAGCUCGAGCGCAUGGCCGAGGUUCUCGUCACCGGAGAGCAGUUGAGGCUGCGUCUCCAUGAAGGGAAGGUGGUUAAGGACCGCAGACAUCACCUGAGGACGUAUCCCAACUGCUUUGUGGCCAAGGAGCUGAUCGACUGGCUGCUGGAGCACAAGGAGGCGUCAGACAGAGACACGGCCAUUAAGAUCAUGCAGAAACUCCUGGAUCAAAGCAUCAUCCAUCACGUUUGUGACGAGCACAAGGAGUUCAAAGACAUGAAACUGUUCUAUCGCUUCAGGAAAGACGACGGGACGUUUCCGUUGGACAACGAAGCCAAGGUCUUCAUGAGGGGACAACGGAUAUAUGAAAAGCUGAUGAUGAACACGGAGACGUCCAUCCUAGCGACUCGGGAAGAAGAGGGUGAGACGUUUGAACGGACGCUGGUGGCCUCGGAGCUUGUUGAUUGGCUGCUGGCGGAGGGAGAGAUGGCGACCCGAGAGGAGGCGGAGCAUCUUGGACGGAGGCUUCUAGAACACGGGAUCAUGCAGCAUGUGACCAACAAGCACCACUUUGUGGAUGGAGGGCUGCUGUACCAGUUCAGACUGAACUUCCGAAGGAGACGACGUCUGAUGGAGCUGCUGAACGAGCGCUGUCGUACCAUCCCAGAGAGCCAUGACAGCCCCUUCUGUCUCCGCAAACAGAACCCAGAGGGAAGCAACACCAGCUUCCUAUCUGUGAGUCCUACUAAAGAGAUCAAGAUGAUAGUGGGUAUCCGUCGUAGCAGCAUGAGCAGCAGCUGUGGCAGCAGUGGUUACUAUAGCAGCAGUCCCACCCUCAGUAGCAGCCCCCCGGUGCUCUGUAACCCAAAGUCAGUGUUGAAGAGACAAGUGAGUCCUGAGGAGCUGCAGACCCCAGGAGGCCCUUACAUAAAGAAGACAUUCACAAUCGUGGGGGAUGCGGUGGGCUGGGGCUUCGUGGUGCGGGGCAGUAAGCCCUGCCACAUCCAGGCUGUCGACCCCAGUGGUCCCGCAGCUGCAGCUGGGAUGAAG